ACCACAUUCAGCCGCGCGAUGAAAAUGUCAAUAGUCCCUUCAACAGAUACCUGCAUUGUGCAGUUUUAUACACACGUGUAUUGACUCGGCGCGAUAUACCACCUUGAAGCUCCAUUCACAAUUCCAGCAUUAACUAAUCCAGGAGAGAGAGAGAAGGGGAGAGAGAAGGAUAGAGAGACGAAAAAAGAGAACUAAAUGACCCCCUACUGCAACGGCGGUCAGUUGAGCUCGAACCAAACAGAGGCGAAGAGUGGGAGGCGGGCAGUGUGUUGUCAAGCCCAACCGGAAGCUAAGAUAUGGAUGGCAGGGUUAAGGAGGUGAGAGGACCAGCGGACUGUCCAACCGGACUCAGAGCUGACCGCCACACCGCUUUCGAUUAGUUGGAACGUGACGUAAGCAGACCACGCUCCACUACAGGCGGCCUGAGCCCCGAGGAUAGGAUCUUGACUGUAGCGGAGCGGGUGGGCCGCGAUACAUAGUUCAGGGUAGCGAGCGCCCGACACCAAACGCCUAGCGAGGGGGACGGUCGCUCGACGGUGUACCGUGAGCUCGGAAAAGCAGGGAGGGGCAGGUCGGAAAAAGGCAUGGCCUGUUAUAGACUUACAUAUUUCAACGUGAGAGGGAGGGCGGAAUUGACUCGUCUGUGCUUUGCGGCAGCGGGGGUCAACUUUGACGAUGUGAGAAUUCCCAAUAGUGAAUGGGCGGCGAUGAAAUCGACCACCCGUUUUGGGAUGCUACCCAUCCUCGAGGUAGACGGCAAAAAGUUUUCACAGAGUUUCGCAAUGGCGAGGUAUAUCGCACGAGAACACGGGUUAUACGGCAAAACGAAUCUGGACAUGCUCCAGAUCGACGAAGUAGUUGGUCUUGCAGAAGAUCUCAGAGACUACUUCGUAAAGAUUUACCACGAGAAAGACGAACCGAAAAAGAAUGCGCUCCGGGACAAGUUCGACAACACAGACCUUCCCCGGUUUUUAGGCUAUUUCGAGAAGUUGCUCACAGAUACGGAUUCAAGUUACUUUGUUGGAAACAAGCUAUCGCUUGCCGACCUUGCUGUGUAUGACGUCAUGGAGUAUCCCCUUGACCAAGGACAGGACAUUCUCAAGGAUAGCCCAAAGAUGAAGGCGCACCGAAUUCGAGUGGGUAGCCAUGACAACUUACACAACUACCUCAAAGAGCGGGUCAAGACUGUCAUCUGAAUAUGUCAUUCAUUAAUGACAUCAUCUCGACGUCAUCUUUUUGGCUACGUACGUGUAUACAUGGCAGCAUAUUCAAUAUCGCAUGGUUGUUGACAGAUUUCUGUAUGAAUGUUAUAUACUGCAUACGAUUUAACCAGAGAUAGUCAGAUAUUUAUUUAGUGUAAUCAACCAGUUCAAAUAAAUUCAUCUACUAUAAUGGGACUGUGGGGUAGCCUAGUGGCUAAAGCUUUCGCUCGUC